AUGCACCCGAAAACACUUCUCUCGUACGCGUUUCUCUUCUUCGGCUAUUACUUCAUCUUGGGCGCGAGAGAUUCCCGACGACGCUUGUUCCGCGCGUUGGGCAUUUUCUCAGACGAAGACUUGAAAACGUUGAGCAAAGAAGCGUUGCAAAAGCGAGACUCCUAUUCCGUGUGGGACAAACAUUUCAAUCGAGACGAAGUGCCGAAAGAGCAAUUCGCAGUUGGUUUGUUUCUUGAGUAUUUAGAAGAUCGACGAUUGAACUUAAAUCGAGGACGGGCCAGAGCUUUAUCUCCUUUCUUUGACUUGAACAACGACGGUAUCGUGACGAGGAACGAGUACGGCGAGUUUAUACGAAAGUUUUCGCACACGAAUUCCGAAGGCGGAGGCGACGAUAAAAAACUGUUGAAAGCGGCGCUAUCAGAAGCCACGAGAACGAUUCAGUCGAGGAAGAGCGGCAAUAACGGCGGCGAAGGCGGGAGAACCGGUUUGUCCAAUAGAGGCUGCGCGUUACAUUUGGACAGAAAGAAACGAGAUUAUUUAGAAAUUUUAGAGUCGGGUGAUUUGCAAUUCGGUGGCACCGCGCCGUUUACGAUUGAAUUGUGGGUGAAGCCGAAAAGAGCGUCGGAGAAAGCUGUUUUAGUCUCCAAGUACGAUCGAGGGAAGUGGGGUCAAUAUUUCGUGCAGUUGCAAAGAAUAGGUGAAAGCGACGAGAUGGAGGUGUUUUUCCAUCGAGAGGUUGCGCCGUGGGGACAAAAAGCCGGCACGAUUCCUUUACACGCGUUCACGCACAUAGCGUGUUCCUACGGGAACGGCGUGUCCUCUAUUUAUAUUAACGGAACCUUAGCGUCUUCCCAAAAAGAAGCUGGGCAAGAUCAAAACCCGGAAACACCGGUUUUAAUCGGAGCGAUGUUGGAAAAAGGCGAACCGAUUGAUUUUUACGACGGUAUUUUAGACGACGUGCGAAUAUGGAGGGUCAGUCGUAGCCAAUUGGACAUUCGAGAAUCCAUGCUGCUUUCUUUAUCUGGGAUGGAAACCGGUUUAGAAGCGUAUUGGGAAUUCAACGAGUGUUUAGGUAAACACGCGAAAGAGAAAACGGGAGAGAGUAAACACGACGCCAAGCUCCACGGAGGCGCGUGGACAACUUCCUCGAUUAAGUUCAAGAGUUACCAAGAAAGCUUCGGUUGUAAAGAUACGCACUGUUAG